UCAUGUUUGUUUCUGGGGCGAGUUGUCGCUUUUAAAUGACUGUCGCGCUGUAUGCUCGAUACCUCCUGAAGAACUGUCACACAGAAGAUUAAAGCGCGAGCGCCUUUAAUGUACAGUUAAAGCGGUUACAUUUGUAUCACACCGUUAGGCGGAUUUUGUUAUUCAUUUAAUAAGCAUACGUUUAAAAUAUUUUUAAGGAAAUUUCGAGGUGUAGCACUGCCACCGGCUUUCUUUGAACCAAAAGGUUUAUAAAUGAAUAUUUUAGUUAUGUUGCAUUUCGUCUUCGUACAGUAUCUGCUGCUUGUUACAUUAUUACCUGUGGCGAGACAUGUACAGGAAUUAUAGUGUUAAAGUUAGUCAGUAAGGACAUGUUCACUAUGUUAUACUAACUUUAUGACUUGUAGGGUCCAUGACCCGUGACUUUUGUACUAUUGCAUACUAGACCUGUUAAUUUAGGGUGUUGAUAUAGGUACAUAACUGUUUAGUAUGUUGCUCCUAACAAAAUGAAUGCAAGUUCUGUGAAAACAAUUCUUAAGGGCUGUCACAUGAUCUUUUAAAGACCGUAUGCUUUUAGGACUAACUGUUAGGUUUACGUUUAUGUAAUUGGCAGGUACAUUUAUACAAACCAAUUUAUUAAACCCAUAGAUUUUUAUCAGUAUGUGUGUUCCCAGGGGAUCGAACACAUAACCUUUGGACUGCUAACACAAUGCUCUACUAAGUGAACAACAGGAUCACAUUACUGUUCUUGUUCUUUGUGUUGGCUCAGAUCGGCUUUAGGAUUUCACCAUAGACUGCUUUUGUACAAAUCGGAGGAUAAACCUCAGAGAAAACUGCUUCAUUCGGCUGUUGGCAAGUGUUGAGUUGAAAACACAGUUGUGCUUUCUUAUGCAGUUGAAAGUGAAAGGAUUUUUAGUCUUGUACAUUUAUUUAUUGAUUGUAUCACACUAAUGUCACAGAUGGGUUUUGCCAUAAAUGAAAAAUUCAGACUAAUCUUCAGUCAUUUUGACUUUAUAUAAAACAUAUAUUACACAAUAUAAAAGGAACGUGAAAACAUUGGUGUAUGUGUAUUUUAUAUAUUUAGCAAUAGUAAUGCUUAUGUCUCAUUAUUGAUAUAUAUAUGUAAAAAGUUUUGGUAUCAUUAUUUAUACUCCCCACUUUACAAAUAAUUUAGUUGUUUAGGACUUGUUCUUCUAGAUAAGAGCUCUAAUAUUACAAGCAUUUAUUUAUGAACUUUUAAUUAUAUUUUUAAGCAGGCAGUUUGCCUUUUAUUAAUGUGUUAUGAUCAAAGGGAAUUUGCCUAAAAAUCAAUAUAUAUAAAAAUAGAUGAUUCAUCUGCUUUGCUCAGUAUCGACAAAACAACAAAAUAAAUGUAGUAAAUGUCAUCAUCUGUGUUUGCCUGGACAGUGGGGCCAGUACUGGAUUGUCCAGUUAGGGUGAAUGUCACCGGCCACCCCUGUCUGGACGGGCAAUAUAAGGAAAGGUUAUUUAUAUAGGACAAUUAAGAGUUUACUGUCAGAGAGGAGGACAGAGGUAAAGGCUGGUUGGCCUUAUGACACCGUUAGCACAAACAAACUAAAGCUCUCACGACAGCAGCUGUGUGUGUAACGCAUGUUCAAGUGAGCAAUUUGUUUUCAUUGUUCAGUGGGCAAAGAGUCCUCCCACCAGAACAGAAGCUGUCCUCUCCAGGGAAUCUAAGGAAUGAGAAUAUAGGAAAGGGUUCAUAGAAAGGAACAAUAGAACAGAUAAGAGAAUGACUUUAGCUAAGAGGAAUGAAAAGAAAGUGAGAGACUCUCACAUCAUGAUUAAGAGAUGAAGGGGUGGGCACGAGUUGGACAGAGACACAUAGAGUGUCCAAUCAGAACACCCCAUCUUACUGUCUUCCCCCUUUUUUUUUACCUUCCCCUUCCCAUGUUUCAACUUCACUGGCUCAAUGGCUGUGCUGGUACUGUAUUGAGAGGACAAGACAAGCAAGGACUCCAGAAUGAGUUCAGAUGAGGUAAUGGACACCAAGGCAGUAUUUACUGCCCUUUAUGAUGUGUGUGAAGAGAAUGCCACCUUCUUCUCCGGGGCCACCAAAGGCCAAGCCGGAGAUGCCACUCAGCGCCUGGUGGAUUCCAUGAGGACCAUUCAGGAACAUGCACGUGGCCUGGAGCCUGUCAUCAUUGGAUUUGCUGGCAUCUACCACCAUUUUGACUUUGACCCUCAUAUUCCUGCCAAUGGAUAUCGUUCUCUUGUUAAGGUUGUGCGCUGUUGCAUCCUGCACAUUAUCCACAAAGGCCGGUAUAUCACUUCCAACAGACGAAGCAUCUUCUUCCGUGCGAGUCACAAUGCAGCGGAGAUGGAGGCAUACUGCAGCGCUCUCUGUCAGCUUAGGGCACUCCUCUAUCUAGCUCAGAGAUUGCUGCAUGACAACAGCCAUGGCAAUCUCUUUUUCCAGGAGGAAAGUGGCCUCAGUCAGAGCUUCCUAAGAGAGUACGCCUCUAUGCACAAGGGGUGCUUCUACGGCCGCUGUGUCGGAUUUCAGUUUACGCCUUCCAUUCGUCCAUCCCUUCAGUCAAUUACUAUAGGCCUGGUUGCUUUUGGAGAGAACUACAAGAAGCACCAAUCUGGCAUAGGGGUAGCAGCCAGUUCGUUCUUCACCUCUGGGAAAUAUGCUAUUGACCCUGAACUCAGAGGUCAGGAGUAUGAACGCAUUACUCAAAACCUGGACGUUCAUUUUUGGAAGACAUUCUGGAACAUUACAGAGACUGAAAUUCUGUCGAGUCUAGUGUGUAUGACGGCCACACAGGUGAAGGUAAAUCAAGCUCUUUCCGUCCCUCCUGUCCCCUUCGAUCUGCCGUUGGCGUCAAAUCCCACCCGCACAGUGACUGUGUCUCCUCCAACAUCUCACAUUGGUUUGGGGCCUGUGCAGAUGAGAUUGAUCUCUCAUGAGCUGAGAGAAGGACAGGACAGUGAGAAAUUACUAGCAAUGUGUCGCUCAGAGGGAGGUCCCAUCUCAAUUUCCUUAAGCCUGAAGACUAAGCGCAGUCCUCCUUCACCCUGGCUGCUGGUGCACUUCCAUGGAGGAGGCUUUGUGGCACAAACUUCCAAAUCGCAUGAGCCCUAUCUGAGGGGCUGGUCUCAAGACCUGAAUGCACCCAUCCUCUCAGUGGACUACUCGCUGGCUCCUGAGGCUCCAUUUCCCCGGGCUUUAGAGGAAUGCUUUUAUGCCUACUGCUGGGCCAUCAAGAACCACAACCUACUGGGUUGGACUGGCGAGCGUGUGUGUUUGGCUGGUGACAGUGCAGGGGGAAACCUGUGUCUGACCGUGUCGAUGAGGGCAGCAUCUCACGGCGUGCGUAUGCCAGAUGGUAUCGUGGCCGCAUACCCUGCCACUCUCCUCACCGCGUAUGCCUCGCCCUCCCGUCUUCUCACCCUCAUGGACCCUCUGCUGCCCCUCAGUGUGCUCUCACGUUGCCUCAGCGCAUAUGCAGGUACAGACCCACAGGUGGAGAAGCAGGUGGAGACUUUGAGCACUUUGAGUAUGGUGCGCAGAGAUACUGCCCUGCUCCUCCGAGACAUCAAACAGGGGGCCACCAACUGGAUCCAUUCCUUUUUAGAUAGAGGAACUGCAGAUUCGGUUAGACAGAGCGUAUCAGAGGCAUCUCUGACCUCUCCGCAUGCAGAUCCUCCGGUGCCUGCUGAAUCUAAGUACUCUCUGGAGAAAGUCUCUAUGAAGAGUCAAACAUGCCAAGACUUGGGCAUCCACAUGAACAGCAACCCCAGCGAGGAAAAAAAUGCCAACCAUCUUUCCGCCACCACGGCCAACCACAGCUCCAUCCUUGACAUCACCCUGACACCUGAGAGCAAGCCAGGGGACGUGAGUUUCUUCCUCUGUAAAGAAGUGGAUCCUGUCGUGUCAGAAUCCUUUUCGUCAGUGGCCAUUCCGCCCCCUGAUGGUGAGGAGGACUCUGAGAACCCCCGGGAGUUUCCAGUGGACUUUGAGCCUCUGCGCUCAGAGCAGUUAGCAGAAAUGACGGUACAAAAUUCGCCUAUCGUCAGGAACCCCUACAUGUCACCUCUUCUAGCUCCAGACAGCAUGCUAAAGGGUCUCCCUCCUGUACACAUAGUGGCCUGUCAUCUGGACCCCAUGCUGGACGACUCUGUGAUGUUUGCCAAAAGACUGCGAAAUAUCGGCCAGCCGGUGACCCUGUGUGUCGUAGAUGACCUUCCACAUGGCUUUCUCAGUCUGUCUCAACUUUCAAGAGAGACUCGGGAGGCUACUAACAUAUGCAUGGAGCGAAUUAAGGAUGUCUUUACCAUGAAAGACCCUCCUCCGGAGAUGCGGAAGCACCGCAAACUAGAACGGACCAAUCAGAUGGGUUCUGCUAACAAGAGCGACCAAGUUCAGCUUUCGCAAGCGGCUGCACAGGAGGAUGAAGAGGAGGGGUUAGUUGUUGGGGGAGGAGCUUUUGAUGUAUGCGGGAAGGAGCUUGAUGGGUUUUCCCCUCCCACUAAACCUAAAGCCGAAAAGAUUACAGGGUAGAAUUUGGGCUUGCAGUGUUUUUAUACAGGAGCCAAAAGUAAGGUCACAUUAUUAAAUAAUGGCAAUCAGGGCUGAAUAAAUCUGAAUUAAGGAAUGAGUCAUGGCACCAGUUAUUAAAUUCUGAAUUAUAAGACACCAUUAAGUUUAAUAGAGGAAAAAAGAGAAAAUUAGAAGUUUAAUUACACAAUCAUGAUCACACCCACAUGCACUGUUUGUAUACCUAUUUUACCACUUUGCCUUUUGUGUUUUACAGCACCAGCAUAGGGCUCGACAAUAUUGCCUAAAUUUCUACUGCCGAUAUUCUUCUAAAUUUCAGGCAAUGCGGUAUAAAUCGCAAUAAUCAGUCCUUACAGAAAAACUAGUGUUUUUGUGAUUGUUGCGAGCAAAAAUCCUUGAUCUUGCGGCACGUUUUCUUGAAAAAUGCGACGGAAUAUGCCGGAUAUUUAUGCAAUUUGAUGGAAUGAAAUUGCGGGAACUUGCAAAAAUUGUGUGAACUUGCAAAAACUGUUUGCAGCUUUUCAAUGAUGUUCAUGUCACAUAAUCACAUCACUUCAUAACGUUACCAUGGCAACAGAGGACAUGGCUGCACUUGUGUGAAGUAAAUGCUAAAUUUUCUGCUAAGAUAUAUGUGAUUUUUGCUACGAAAAUGCGGGGGUUAUGAAAUCAUGCAAACCCUGCAUAUUUUGCGCACGGAAAUCUGCAAUUUAUGCUGCGAAAGUGCCCCGUAUUUGAAAAAAAUCAAUCCCUCAUAAAUAUGCGGACUUUGGCUGAUUAUGCGUUAAAUCAUGCGAUUGCAUGUUUUUUUGGAGGGACUGAAUAAUGGUAUGAAUGUUAAAAUUAAUGUUCUCACUCCAUAUAUGGUGUCACGUUUUGAAGCUGUGACUUGAUGCGGACUAAUCCUGCACCUCCUUCUCGUACUUACUUCUGGGUGACAGCUCUUCCCAGGGCAAACACUCCAAAGUCCAAACCAGAUAAAUCGAUCGCAUGGUGACCCCUGUUUAACACACCUUUUAGACUUGACAUGAAAACGGCCAUGGGACCCUGUAAUGUAUAUCGAAAUAUGGCAAAUUUGUUUAGAAACCAUAUCGCCGCUAUUGGGAAUAUACAGUGAUAUUGAAUAAUUUGAAUUAUUGUCCAGCCCUACACCAGCACAAAACCAAAUUUAUGUUUUUUUUUUGUGUAACAAGGGAUGUGCUUACACAUCAUAGCGCAGACCAUCAUGAUAUAUUCAUCAAAUCUAAGAGCUGAGAUUCAGCAUUAGAUCUGUCUAACUAUACCUGUCUACUAAUAUUUAUGCUCAGAAUGCUUAUUGCUGCUAAGCAUUCUGGGGCUAACUGACAACAACAUUUAAUAAUGUUUGGAUUUUUUUAUGUAGUCGCUUUUUAAUUAUUUAUCACGCAGAAGUGUAUUGUUGUUAUUGUGUAUGUUAAUCACCCUUUAUUAAUCUACAUGCCUCAUGGCUCUUAGAGGGCAUCCUGUGAGAGUAGUGUUUAAGCUUCCUAAUGCUGCUUCGUCCUCAUAGAGCUCAAUGGGUAUUUGAUGCAAUCAAUACAUUUGUAGUAAUCAAAUUUCACAGGGAUUCUGUGGAAGAAAAGCUACACCAACCACACCGUUAUAGCGUUACCUGUGUAUUCUAGUCUAUUUUGAGUCUAUUUCACUACUCUGUAAUGUAUUUAACAUUUUAAUAACAACUUAAGAGUUGUCGUGCAUAAACAUGCACAAAUGUUGUCUGUAACUGUUUGUUUGUUACUUUAUUACCGUGUUAUUUGAAGCAUCAGCCUGUAAAAACAACUUGUAUAUGUUCACUCCAAGUAUGUUUAGCUUAUGUAAGGAGAAACGUGGGCUUAUACCUGACUACUUUUCCGCUUGAUCUUUCCCUGACAUGUCAAAACACAAGCUUCCAUUAUUUUCCUCUCUGGAUUUCUCCAUCUCCCUCGUUCCCUCACUCACUUUGUUUUCUUCUGUUCACAUUCAUGUCAUCUGCCCCUGUUCAUGCUGACCCAUUUCAAGCACACUUCAGUUCUCACCCACCCCAUCCUAGAGGUAUUUUAAGCAGACUCCCUCAACACCCAGCAACCUUGAACCAGUGAAUUCGUUCAGCCUGCACAUGUGUGAUGGCCGACAGCAUGCUGGGAUUGAUAGUGUCUUUAUUUGAAUUAGGUCUGGCCCUCUCUUUUUGGCACUUAAAUUGACUGUACUAAUUUUCCUUGCGGUGCAAAAUCUAUUGAGCCUCCAAAAUGUUAAGUUUCAUUAAUGUUGUAUGGGAUCAUUUCUGCUUUGUAGGCAGAACUUCCAAUUUGAUUUGGGCGAUUGAACAAAUAGAUACAACAUCAUCACUCAGCAGUGUGUUUACACGGUAUACUGCUGUGUACAUUUUGUAUUUAUAGUAUUACCGUGUUCUUGAAAUGAGAAUUGCUUUGUUAUUCUAAGAUCGGGUCUGAUUUGAGUGUUUGAGGCUUAUGUGUCUUUUUUUGGUCUUUAUCUAUGUUUCUGUGAUUGAGUUAAGCCUGGCUGAAGAAAAGCUUUAAAUACAGAGGGAAAACAACAAUAUUCUUCUACUGCUGAUUGCAGCAUAUGAGAGUGAGUUUAUAAUAGAGCAGAAGUAAAACUAAUUUGCUUGCUCUGUUCAGCGUGUCAAAGCUGCUACUUUCUGUAUUUGCUGGUGACAGCCUCGAAAUAGCAACUCUUCAGUUUUACUAAUGCGCCGGGUCUCUUGUGUCGUGUUUUUUGUCAGGUGCUGUCUGUUUUUUUUAGUCUAGUUGGUUGGUAUGGGGCGUAUUCUAGUCCCAGACUAAAAUGCAUGUUAGAGUUGGUUUAUUUUAAAAACAUCUUGCACUGAAAUAUCUUACCAUAAAGCAGUGUCAUCGUUUUGUCCAAAAUGUUCACUUAUGUGUUACUGUCUUUCUGGAAUGCAUGGUUGUUGUGUAGUUUAGAAACCUGUUUGUGUUACUUACUUUAUAUGUUAUUAUUGUGUCUGCUGUGCAUGAAAAUGCAUCUCAGUGCCAUUGUGCCUAUACCUGUACAAGAAAUGAAGUAAAUGGUGGUAAAAUGCUGAAUCUUAAAGUAGUCACCUCUGUAAGCAAGUUUUGAUUGGUCAUCAUGACCUUGAAAGCACCGUUGAGCUUUUUCCUCUCGGUGGAACCAUGAGCACCGUGUUGAACAAAACAAAUAUUGUAGGUUUUUCUCAUUGCCCAAUGUGGGGUCACCUUGUUUUCCACUCCAGUCUCUCCCUUUCUCCAGCAUUUCUUUUUUGUAACUCUUAAGCAGCCGCCACAGGAGCUAGAUUACUCAUUCAUCUCAAGGGUGGUGUAUUAAACUAAGAACAGUGUGGUGUUCCUGUAUCUCCAUCAGUCAUGCAUUGUGGAGCAAGGGUUCGAUUCCCAGGGAACACAUCUCAGUGCACUGUACUGUAUGUUGCUUUGGAGUAAAGCAUCUGCAAAAACACUCUUAAUUUAGGUUUCUGUUGAAACAGCAAUCUAUACCUAGCCGCAUUGGCACAGCAGCCAAAGCGUACACUGUACUGUGUUUUCCUCCUCAGAGACACGUAAAACUACAAGUAGUUAAUAAACCAACUAGUUGAUUAGUCACUGACUUUCAAGUUAAUAAUCAAGUCGUAAUAGAAGAUCUUAAGAACAGCAUCAUUGUACUGUCUCAUUUGAAGUGGUUAUGAAAUCAGUCAUCUUAAAGUCCGGUGAUCUGCCUUAAGUGCAGACUAUAAUAACCACUGCAGUAUAAUUUGCAAGGGCGCUGAUGUCUGUACUCCUGCCCUCAUUUUCACUGCAAACUUCACUGAUCUGAGUGAUACAAACUUUGAUAGGCACAGCACUAUUUUUUUUAUCCAGAUGGUUGUAGUAUAGCCUACCUCAUGCAAUCAUUCUCAUGUUGGAUCAAAGGUUAUUUGUGCUGGAGGACUAUUUCAGAAGAUAUGCACUUUAUAUUUUAGUGUAUUCAUCUGUGUGUGGGGUGCUAUGUGCAUUCAGACUAGGCUUUUUUACUAUGAUUGAUCAUAUAGGCUACCACAAGUGCAAACCUGUGUAUUAUGUAUUAUAUACUAGUAUAGACAACAUUUAUUGUACAGAGAUCAUAUUUACUUUAAACUUUUUACUUCUGAAUAUUUUUGCUUUCAAACCUCUAAAGGCUGUAUGUGGAAAUGUUGCAAUGGAAAAAAUUAAGAGUAUUUUUCUGCAGUAGUUUUAUCUCUGUGUCGACUUGUAUACAUAAAUAAAUAUUUUCUCUCUU